ACGCCUACAAUCUUAGAACUAGAGUUAUAAUAACAUAACUAUCGUUAUCUCUAUCACUCUGGGUCCGGCUAAACAGCGGCAGCGGCGCUACUGGGCUAACACACCUUUCAUUCUCACCAAAGAGACUCAUAGAGAGAUUAUCGAACAGCGACGAUGGACAGGAAGACAUUGUUUUCUUUGCGGACUCAACUGACCCCUGCUUCCAUCAUGAUGGCGGACAGGGAGUCCUACACCGAGAUGACCAGGCUUGUCCCCGCCCCCCCUACUGAGGCCCAGCCCCCGGGCCUUAACCCCCGCUACAAUCUUAGGGAUAGGCUCCCCUGGUGGGCUGCCCCAGCUGGUGGCAGCAAUGAGAGGAUCGUCCUCCCUCCCCCUGCUGAGGCCAAGCCCCCGGGCCUUAACCCCCGCUACCCUCGUGAGGGUAGGCUGCCUUGGUUGGCUGUGGCUGAGGAGGCUGACGGCCAGGAAGCCUGGAUCACGGCGGCCCACUCCGACACCGUGUCCCCCCAUGCAUGGGCUCUGGGUGCCGCCUCGAGCCAGGGGACUUCCCCGGGCCAAACCCCCCCUACUGAGGCCAAGCCCCCGGGCCUUAACCCCCGCUACAAUCUUAGGGAUAGGCACCCCUGGUUGGCUGCCCCAGCUGGUGGCAGCAAUGAGAGGAUCGUCCUCCCUCCCCCUGCUGAGGCCAAGCCCCCGGGCCUUAACCCCCGCUACCCUCGUGAGGGUAGGCUGCCUUGGUUGGCUGUGGCUGAGGAGGCUGACGGCCAGGAAGCCUGGAUCACGGCGGCCCACUCCGACACCGUGUCCCCCCAUGCAUGGGCUCUGGGUGCCGCCUCGAGCCAGGGGACUUCCCCGGGCCAAACCCCCCCAGAUCGGGUGACCCCUCACCACGACCUCCUAGUGAACAUGGCGACGACCACAAAGAAACACGCUGACCUCGUGUCUGAGCCAUUGGGCAGGAAGAGGUCAGACGCUCUGCCCGGCAUCGGAAGAAUUCUCGGACAGAGGCUGGCGUCGAAGGGCUUUGAAAAGGCCUCCAUGGUGGUGGGUCAUUACAAUGUGCUGGGGAAGGACGAGGUGCGCUUCAAUCGCUGGCUGCACAACACAUGCGGGGCGAAUAAUAAACAGCAAUACGACUGCCACAAGGCCAUCAAGGAGUGGACCGAUUCCUACAUGUAGGCCGCUCUCCUCUUUUAUCACACAUCCUUCUCUACUCUUUUUGUUUCUUUUUUUUGGCCUGAAACGUAAGCUCGCUGACUGUUCAGGGACGCAACAACGACAUCAACAUAAAACCAGAUGGUUGUUUGAGACUUUGCUCAGUUUGACUCGUUUUAAGAAAACAGCUCUAUACUUUUUGGAUCUAAAUGAUCUGAAACAAAUGUCUACUUUAACUCAUGAAUCAAUGCCAUAAUCAAUGCCAUAAGCAAACUAAAAAUGGUGCACUAUGAUUACACAAUAUGAUAUUAUGGGGUGUGCAGUGUUUAAUAGUAAAGGGUGAACAUGGCUAAAUAUGUCAAUGUCAUAAAAUGUUAUGGUUGUUAAGGCAACCAAGCAGAAACAAUAAUAAUAACAAUAAAGAAACAAUAAAACAAGAAUUUUGAUCGA